AUGCGGAUGUGGGCCGGCUCGGAAGCGGAAUUGUUGCCGGCGUUGCCAGGCCAGCCAGCGCAACAAUGCGCGUGGCGUGCCUGUCGGAUCGAGGCUGGCACAAUGGAGUGGCACCAUGCGAAAAGUGCAGCGGAGUGUUUGGGUGGAGCUGCGAGAAUGUUGGGUGUGGAACACCCACACCCAAGGAGUGUGUGUCGUUGCGAACGAAGCGGGUUUGCACGGAGGGCACGUGACCCGGGACAGGCAACACCCAUACCCCGCGUGUGUGUCUGUAUCUCUGUACGGUCUCCGGCUUCCAAUGCCAUCAACGCUCACUUCAAAUCUCUCCGUUGCCACCAUGAGCCACUCCCCGCCUGGAUAACCAAGCGGUUGAUUGAGUUUCGACCACCGUCCACGACUCCCACCGCAAUGUCCGGCAUGCCCAACAUGGUCAAAAGACUCGCCUCGCAGCGAUCGCCGCUCCGGCUGUCACCGCUUGCAAGCGUGAGUCCGCGUGCCCCGAGCGCCUGGAAGCGCGUUCUGCCGGGCCCUGCUGGCCCCACCACGCGAUCCCUCCAUACCAGCCCACCGCUGCUUCUGCGACGCACGCAUAGACUGUUCAACGAACAGUCUACCAACAACGACAAGAAGGACAACGACAAGAAGGACAACGACAAGAAUAACCGCAAAAAGGAAGAUUUCAAAACCCUGGGCGAAUAUUUCAAGUCUCCCGAGUUCGCAAAGACCGUUUACUUGACCGUCGGAUUCACCUUUCUGUUCCAUGUGCUCACGUCGGGAUCCGGGUCCGGGUCGGACAACGACAACAACAAUGUGCUUACAUUCCAGGAGUUCAAGACCAAGUACCUUGAAAAGGGACUUGUCAAGCGAAUCUUCGUGGUGAACAAGUACCUUGUAGAGGCGGAGUUGAUGCCUCAAGCCGCGCAAUCCAUCGGCCAAAACGAAGGUUUGUUCCCGUUCCAGCAAUCUGCGCCCAUUGUCGCCUUCACGAUCGGGUCCAUCGACGUGUUCGAAGACCAGAUGGACCAAUUACAAGACGAUUUGAAAAUCCCCUCCAACGAACGUAUCCCCAUCACUUACGUCGAAAAAGCGUCACUAUUACAAUAUUUGGUUCCCUUCCUGCCCACGGUCAUCCUGCUUGGAGGUCUCUACUACAUCACGAGACGUGCGUCCUCGAUGGGCGGUGGCGGAGGUCCCAUGGGAGGAAUGUUUGGUGUGGGAAAGUCACGUGCCAAGCUUUUCAACAAAGAGACCGACGUCAAAGUCAAAUUCAAGGACGUUGCCGGUUGUAACGAGGCCAAAUCUGAGAUUAUGGAGUUUGUGCAUUUUUUGCAAAAACCGGACAAAUACAGAGCACUUGGUGCCAAGAUUCCACGUGGCGCCAUUUUGUCUGGACCACCCGGUACUGGUAAGACUCUUCUGGCCAAAGCCACGGCAGGUGAAGCCGGGGUGCCGUUUUUGUCUGUAUCCGGCUCGGAAUUUGUUGAAAUGUUUGUUGGUGUCGGUGCAUCCCGCGUGCGCGACCUAUUCGAAACCGCUAGAAAAAUGGCACCUGCCAUUAUCUUUGUUGAUGAAAUAGAUGCCAUUGGUAAAGAAAGAGGUAAAGGCGGUGCCAUGGGCGGUGCCAAUGACGAAAGAGAGGCUACUUUGAAUCAACUGCUGGUCGAAAUGGACGGGUUUAGCACUACGGAUCAGGUUGUGGUUCUUGCGGGCACCAAUAGACCCGACGUAUUGGACCCGGCUCUGAUGAGACCCGGAAGAUUCGACAGGCAUAUCCAAAUUGACGCUCCAGACGUCGAGGGAAGAAAAUCCAUUUAUCAAGUUCAUUUGAAAAAACUGAACUUGGAUCCCUCAUUUGCAUCCAAGCACGAAAAGGAAAUGUUGGCUGGUAAAUUGGCCGCUUUGACACCCGGGUUUGCAGGUGCAGACAUCGCCAAUGCUUGUAACGAAGCCGCUUUGAUUGCGGCUAGACACAAGGAUCCCUAUGUCAGAUUACAUCACUUUGAGCAAGCCAUCGAAAGAGUCAUUGCUGGUCUUGAGAAAAAAUCGCGCGUCCUUUCAAAGGAGGAAAAACGAACCGUUGCAUAUCACGAAGCUGGUCAUGCCGUUUGCGGAUGGUAUUUGCAGUAUGCGGAUCCGCUUCUCAAAGUGAGUAUCAUACCUCGUGGGCAAGGCGCUUUAGGGUACGCGCAAUAUCUACCGCCAGAUCAAUACUUGAUCAGUGAAGAGCAAUUCAAGCAUCGUAUGAUUAUGGCUCUAGGAGGUCGUGUAUCUGAGGAAAUUCAUUUCCCGUCCGUGACAAGCGGCGCCCAUGACGAUUUUAAGAAAGUCACCAAUAUGGCGCAAGCAAUGGUCACGAAAUUAGGAAUGUCCCGAGUUAUUGGUUACGUUGCUUACGACCAAGGCGAAGGUGGGUUCCAAGUGAAUAAACCGUUCAGUGAUUCUACCGCAAGGAAGAUAGACUUAGAGGUGAGACGCAUUGUUGAUGACAGUUACGCGCAAUGUAAAAAGCUUCUCACCGAUAAUCUUGAAAAGGUCGAUAAGGUCGCACAAGAGCUUCUCGUGAAAGAAGUGAUAACACGGGAAGAUAUGAUAAGACUAUUGGGACCGAGACCAUUCCCCGAAAGGAAUGAAGCUUUCGAGAAGUACCUUGAUCCCAAAAAGGAUGAUGGUACUCCCGUUCAAGCAUAA